CGCGGCUCCGCCCCUCGCCGCCCCUCCCCCGUACACAUCGCACGCACCGCCGCGCCGGCUCCCACACGCUCGCCCGCCCGCCCGCCCGCGCGCCCGCCCGCCCGCGGAGCCACCAUGUCCACCGCGUCCUCCAGUUCCUCCCAGACCCCUCACCCCGCGCCGCAGAGGAUGCGGCGCAGCACCGCGGGCUCCCCGCCCGCCGCGGCCGGGAGCGGGACGGGGCUGGCCGGGAGCUGCGCGCCCGCCGCGGGGGCCGGCCGGCUGCUGCAGCCCAUCCGCGCCACCGUGCCCUACCAGCUCCUGCGGGGCAGCCAGCACAGCCCCACGCGCCCGGCCGCCGCCGCCGCAGCCGCCGCCGCGCUCGGCAGCCUCCCCGGGCCCGGCGCGGCCCGCGGCCCCAGCCCGUCCAGCCCGACCCCGCCGCCGGCCGCUGCCCCAGCCGAGCAGGCGCCUCGCGCCAAGGGCCGCCCGAGACGGUCCCCCGAGAGCCAGCGGAGGAGCAGCUCACCUGAGAGACGGAGCCCUGGCUCGCCCGUGUGCAGAGUGGACAGGCCAAAAUCUCAGCAAAUUCGAACCUCUAGUACAAUAAGGCGAACCUCUUCUUUGGAUACGAUAACAGGACCUUACCUCACAGGACAGUGGCCACGGGACCCUCAUGUUCACUACCCUUCAUGCAUGAAAGAUAAAGCGACUCAGACACCUAGUUGUUGGGCAGAAGAGGGAGCAGAAAAACGAUCUCAUCAGCGCUCUGCAUCAUGGGGAAGUGCUGAUCAACUGAAAGAGCAGAUUGCCAAACUGAGGCAACAGCUACAACGCAGCAAGCAAAGUAGUCGACACAGUAAAGAGAAAGAUCGACAGUCACCUCUCCAUGGCAACCACAUAACAAUCAGUCAUACUCAGGCUAUUGGAUCAAGGUCAGUCCCUAUGCCUCUUUCAAACAUAUCUGUGCCAAAAUCAUCUGUUUCACGUGUGCCCUGCAAUGUAGAAGGAAUAAGUCCUGAACUGGAAAAAGUAUUUAUCAAAGAAAACAAUGGGAAGGAAGAAGUGUCCAAGCCUUUGGAUAUACCAGAUGGACGAAGAGCUCCACUCCCCGCUCACUACAGGAGCAGUAGCACUCGCAGCAUAGACACCCAGACUCCUUCCGUCCAGGAACGCAGCAGUAGCUGUAGCAGCCACUCCCCUUGUGUGUCCCCAUUUUGUCCCCCGGAAUCCCAGGAUGGAAGUCCUUGUUCCACAGAAGAUUUGCUCUAUGAUCGUGAUAAAGACAGUGGGAGUAGCUCACCGUUACCCAAGUAUGCUUCAUCUCCCAAACCUAACAACAGCUACAUGUUCAAACGGGAGCCCCCAGAGGGAUGUGAGCGAGUGAAAGUCUUUGAGGAAAUGGCGUCUCGUCAGCCUAUCUCAGCCCCUCUCUUUUCAUGCCCUGACAAAAACAAGGUUAAUUUCAUCCCAACCGGAUCAGCUUUCUGUCCUGUGAAACUUCUAGGCCCUCUCUUGCCUGCCUCUGACCUGAUGCUCAAGAACUCUCCAAACUCUGGCCAGAGCUCAGCCCUGGCAACACUAACCGUAGAGCAGCUCUCUUCCCGGGUUUCCUUCACGUCUCUUUCUGAUGACACCAGCACAGCAGACUCCCUGGAGACCUCUGUCCAGCAGCCAUCUCAGCAGCAGCAGCUCCUACAGGAUCUGCAGGCGGAGGAGCACAUCUCCACUCAGAACUAUGUGAUGAUCUAAAGCAGAGGGGGAGCUGGCCUCCACCCACGUUCCAUGGAUUGGGAAUGAGAUCUCAGACAUCUUCUGCAUGGAGUGACAAACUUUCUGAACACCAUCAACAACAGCAAAAUACUUAGCAUCAUAAAAUAGCUAUUAACACUGAUCUUGGCAGGGACUGACUCCUAUUCAGCAGUUUUUGUGGAAAGCAGUAAUGCUUGCAAAAUGUGUGUCAUUCAGCAUUUAAGUGGAGACUAUGCAUUUCAUAGUAUGUCUGACAGAUUAGUACUGUGUCCUGUGUUUUGUUCCAAAAUUUUCAGUAUGAAUAAGCUCUAUUUCAAAAAGUUGCCUGUCUAAGUAGAAAAUGUCUUGCUGUGUUUUGUCCUAUGGAAAAUACUGUACUUCAGGAUUAUGUUUACAAUUGAUCCAGGUGUUUGUUUCUAACUUCUAUAAUACAUACAAUGCAAAAAAUAAAAUGGCCACAACAGUUGCACAGUGCCCACCCUAUGGCCUAGCUUCAGGUACUUCAGUUGAAGUCUAAACUCAGGUAACUUGGAAUGUAUGUCAUAUUGGGAUAUUAAAUAUUUCACAGCUACAAAGCUAAAGAGAGAACAUCACUCUUUUGCCUUUUCUUAUUUUAUGCAUUUCCCUUUCUUCAUUCCAUUCCACAUUAGGAUAAGAAGUGCAUUCAUUCCUAGGAGAUGGUAAUCCUGGACAUGGGGAACAUGAGAACCAGCAAAUCUGUGGUGUGUGACAUCACUUUUGUCGUUUGGUUACCAGUAGAACAACUGUUGCAUUCACUGUUUCAACAUGUAUAAAUGUGGCUUUUUUUUUUUUUAAAGUUAGGUGUUGCUCAGUUAAUGACUGUUACAGUGUUGCAAAUAAAGCUUCAGUAGUAAAUUGUACAUAAACAUUCCACAUUGUGUGUGAUGAAAUUUAAAUGCAAGAAUGGCUGGGUUUGAUUUCAAAGCAAGUGAAGUUUUGCAGGAAUAAAUAAUUAAGGAUUUUGUUUAUAUUGACCAGCAGGGUCAUAAUUGCUACUAUUUUUAUCUAAAGACAUAUUUAUGUUUAGCUUCACUUUAGAAAAUUCUAAUUUGAUGGUUAAAAAGUGAGACAUUUUGGUUACUGUUUUCCUCAAGUAUUUGCUAAAUGAGUUGCAUUCAUGUAGAGAAUGUGUAUGUCUCAGAACCAAUGCAGCAUAAGCAAGCAGAUUUCUUGUUGACUUACAAGAGCAAUAGCUUAAAGCUGUCUCAUUUAAGCCUCAGAUAACACUAUCAUGAAUAAUUUUGUUAAGACUUGGAAUGUGUGGAGUGGAACGAGAGCCCCAAGUAAAUAGCCUUGAACUUGCAGACUUGACACAAGUUCUCCACAAAGUGUGAAGAAAGCCCUAGAGAUUCCUGACUUGUCAGUUGGAGAGCCUGACUGGCAGACAUUGUUUUCUGCAGCACAGCGCUUAUGCAAAAGUAAAGGGAAGCUUUUGUAUUUGUAUUCCAUUGCUUUCGGUUCAGUUGGAGCCUAGAGUUCUCUCAUCUCCACCGAAAAUGUGUGGCACAUUUGUUUUUAGAAUUAGGGGAGCAAGUUGCCUACAGUUAGUGUUCUGGUUUCCUUAGAUCAUUCCUGAGUUUUUCUUUGUUUUGACUCUCCUAAGGAGUUUGGAGAAGGAUGAGCUGAUAAAGCGACACCAUUUUAAUUUUUACAAAAUGCUGUGCGUGUGUGUGCGUACAUGUGCGCAUGCAUAUGUGUGUGUGUGUGUGUAUUUUGUGUGUUAUUUUGUCACCUCAGUUCUCUCCUUUCCACCAAAGUUUGCAGUAAUAUUCUCUCCUGAAGGUGCAUUCUGGCUCCUUUAGUCAGUGUUAUAGGAGACUGUCAUGGAGAAAAGGACUCAGUUUACUUUUGCCAUUUACACAGGGGAACCUUUUAAAACAAUCUUUUCAGCAGCAGACACCUUUAACCCUAAUAAUCUCAGGCCUUGAUGAAAAUACUAUAUUUUGUAGAUUAUGGUUAAAGGGAGAACAAUACUAGUUCCGUAAGAUAAAUAUGAGCUCCAUUUAACUUCUGAUACCUGGUUUAGCAUUACAUGAUGUGUUGAUCGUAUGCUCUGCUUUUGUCUUAAGUAAGAUGCGAUAGUAUCAUUAUCAAUUUCACAAAGAUGGACUGAAUAUGCUUUUUUGGUGAUGAAAUCCAUGUAUGAUAUUUAUAGUGAUGUGCUUUAUUUUCUCAUGAGAAACUAAAUAUUGUGUUGUACAUUUGUUUUUAGCAUAUAUUAAAGUUUUGAACCAAAUGUGUUAAAGAUUAUGCUUCGCCAUGUAAAUUUCCCAGAAGUUGUUGAGCUCAAAUGUAUCCUACAUCCAGCUGUAGAAACUUGUCAGAAACUGUUUAAAUUUUGUACAUAGAUGUACUGUUUAAUUUUAGCCACUGCGCUGAACAGUAUUCAAGUUAUAUAAUAUGGCUUUACACGAGAAAUGUGUGGCUUCUGUUUUGUAUUUUUUUCAGUAUAGAAGUUCCUGUGUCUUAUUUAAAUAAAGUUAUUAGUAAAACUGGAA